CACUAAAAGCAGCACAGUUAGCACAGGGCUAGCAUAGCUAAUGUUACCUCCACUGCUAGUUCCCAACGUGUUUGGUGAUAGUGUCGGCUUAAAGUACCGAGGUGACUAAAAAAAUAUUUCUUCAAACAAAAAAACUUUGUGGCUAGCAAAAAAAAAAAAAAUUUGGACGCAUUACCGCCACCUACUGGGCUGGAGUGUGUGCAUUAGUGCAACUGGUCCCCAAGGAUAUUUUUCACUUCCUGUAAUUUGACAUAUGACCGUUAAGGCUUCAUCAUUUUUACGCUAACCUCUAACACAUUUACAAUUAGCUUCGCAACAUGUCGCCGAUUUCACAGAAAAUAAAGUUUCCUUAAGUGACAGCAGAGCUGUUGUGCUGUGACUUCAGAGUCAGAGGAGUACAUGUGGCUGUUUCUUCACACUUCACCCCUCAGGGAGGGGGUGGUGGUGGUGGAGGGGCAGCUCGUCUCUUAUGACACCACUAAUGGUCUUUAAUGGGAGGGAGCUACGACCCACUGAGGCGCACGGCUCCUGCUGAGGCGCACGGCAGAAACGCGCAGUUAUUCUGCUGCAGUUUGUCUUCACAGAGUCACACGGCUGAGAUGAUCAGCCUGGAGCCCGUGCUCCGGUCGCUGGGGUUUUAUAUUUGAGUUUCAGAGGAGAACCGCUGCCGUCCAGCAGGGAGUGCGCGCACUUGGAGAGUGCGUAAAUCUGCUGUCCAACUUUGGGAAGCGGAGCGCGCGCGCGUCUGGAACGAGGACCCGAAGAUGAACGACUCCGGGGUGUUCUGCAAAGGCAACCAGUCGGACAACAUGACAGAGCCGUCAUGUCUGAACUCGACUCGGCCGACGUACAACCACAUCGACAUCACCACCUUCAUGCACAUCUUCCCCUCCAUCUACGGCAUCCUGUGCUCGGUCGGAGUGAUUGCCAACGGACUGGUCAUUUACGCGGUGGCGGCGUGCAAGAAGAAGAUGGUGUCCGACAUCUACGUGCUGAACCUGGCCAUAGCCGACAUGCUGUUCCUGCUGGUGAUGCCCUUCAACAUCCACCAGCUGGUCAGGGACAGACAGUGGGUCUUUGGGAACUUUAUGUGUAAAGCGGUUGUGGUGGUGGACGUCAGUAACCAGUUCACCACCGUGGGGAUUGUUACUGUGCUGUGCAUUGAUCGGUACAUAGCCAUUGUCCACCCCACCUCAGAGAAGAGGACCAUCCACUGGACCAUCAUAAUCAACACACUGGUGUGGGUGGGCAGCUUCCUCCUCACCGUGCCGGUCAUGAUGUACGCCAGGGUGGAGCGCAAGCAGCACAUGGAGGUGUGCAUGAUGUGGCUGGACGGUCCCGAGGACAUGUACUGGUACACCUUCUACCAGUCCAUCCUGGGCUACAUCAUUCCUCUCAUCAUCAUCAGCACCUUCUACUCCCUCACCCUCUACCACGUCUUCAGCUCCGUCCGCCGCGUCAAACGCAAGCAGACGGUUUGGGCUAAACGGGCCACCAAGAUGGUGCUGAUGGUAAUUGCAUUGUUCCUGAUUUGCUGGUCGCCCUACCAUGUCAUUCAAGUGAUCAACCUGAGCAACAACACGCCCACCAUCACCUUCGUAUAUGUCUACCACAUCAGCAUCUGCCUGAGCUACUCCCACAGCUGCAUCAACCCGCUCAUGCUGCUCAUCUUCGCCCAGAACUAUCGCGACCGCCUCUGUCGCAGAAACGCCCCGCACAGCUCCCAGCACUCCUCCAAGCUCACGGUGGUCAAAACGGAUGGUUCCAGCGUAACCAGUAACCCCAACUACCGCUGCACGGUUGUGUGAAACGUUGUAGAUAUUUAUGUAAACGCUUUGAUGCCGACUUCAAAAUGACUCCCGGUGAUGAGAAGUGUCGGCCGUGAAAUCACACCCUCGGUGUUUCCACAAUUGUAAAUGACUGAAAGGAGAGUGGGUGCACAGCAUCAUCAUCCUCAUCAUCAUCGUC